UGGGCUGGACAUAUCCGGUGUCCCCCACUGAACAACCUGCAGCCCGCAGCCUGAACGGAGCGGAGUGUGCCCCGUUAAGUGAGUCGAUACAAUGCGGAGCUAGUUAAGACUACCGGGAUGCUUUCACGUAACGCUAAUGUCAGUGUUGACCGAUGCACGUCGGUAAGUCGGUGGCCAACGCGGCGGCAGGAGGCACUGACGGCUUCGAGGUCAACUUGAAAACUAACGGUCUCCGUCCGGCACCGGUGUGGGACGGGCCAUGCAUGCUAGCUGGAGAUGAGAAUGAAACCCAGUCGCCAAUUCUUCCUGGGCCUGUGCUCCAUGCUGGCCCUGGGAUUCCUCUACUACUCAGGGAGGAUCAGUUUACGAGGCUGGGGCCAUGAUUCAUUGUAUGACCAACAGGGGUUCCUUGUGAAGCUGGAUGGUGUUAGUCUGCCGCUGGAGCUGAUGUACAAGUACGGCAAUCUAAGCGAGGGAGCCUGUAAGCCUGGUUUUGCAGCUGCCAAGAUGACGGCCGUUUAUCCAAAAUUUAGCAAACUGGCCCCCAUGUUCCUUGACCCAAACUACAAACGAUUCUCCAAGAUCGGCGAUUAUUCCCCCCCGUUUGGGGUAAAAUCACAAGAGAAGAUCAUAGAUAUUCUCCUGUUUGCUACUAAGAGCUAUGGCCUUGGGGAAGAACUCGACAGCAUGAAAUGCAAGACUUGCAUCGUCGUGGGGAACGGAGGAAUCCUGGCCAACAGGUCUCUGGGACAGAAGAUCGAUGAGUUCGAUGUGGUGGUCAGGUUGAACGAGGCCCCGGUGAGGGGCUUCGAGAGAGACGUCGGCUCCAAGACCACCAUGAGGAUCACCUAUCCAGAGGGGGCCAUCCAAAAGACAGAGCGCUACGAGGCUCAGUCCCUAUUUGUCCUCUCGGCCUUUAAAGCUCUGGACUUCAAGUGGCUGAGACACAUGGUCUUCAACCAGAGGCUGCACAGCACUGAUGGGUUCUGGAAGUCGGUGGCCAGGCACGUUCCAAGGGACCCCGGCGACAUGCGCAUCCUGAACCCCUACUUCAUCCAGGAGGCCUCCUUCAAGCUCAUUGGCUUGCCUCACAACAAUGGACAGAUGGGCAGAGGGAAUAUCCCGACCCUGGGGACUGUCGCCAUAACGAUGGCUCUCCAUAACUGUGAUGAAGUAGCAGUGGCUGGAUUCGGUUACAACAUGAGCACCCCCCAUGCCCCUCUGCACUACUAUGAGAAGAUCCGGAUGGCGGCCAUCAAAGAAGUAAUUGAUGGUGUCUCUGUGAAGUCCUGGACUCACAACAUAUCUAGAGAGAAGGAGUUCCUGCUGAAGCUGGUGAAGGCUGGAGUCAUCCAGGACUUGACCAACGGGAUCUGCGGUGCAGGAUGCUGAUGGUCCUUGCUCAGCAUCAUGAUGGAUGGAUGGAUGGAUGCACUGUGCUCACCUUCCACCUGCUCCAGCACCUGAGGAGGGAAAGUCAAGACUCUGUCGGCCGUGCUCCCAGCAGAGACCAGCAGCUGUCACACACUGCUGCGGUCAGUGCAGAGAGACUGUGUGUCUGUAUGAGGCUCAUUGACCACAACACACUACCCAGUGUUGGAUAUUGACAUAUUGCAAGCAAUUGGCCUCUGUAUUUAGCUCGUCCAGGUCAGUGUAUAUUUACAUGGAUUUUGGUGCCCUGGCUCAAAGGGGUAUGUCCUCAGUGAUGGGGAUCAAACCAGGAAAUGGACUAGGCUGCCCUCCUACUAGAACUACUGCAGGCUGUGGAGGGGAGGAGAGGAUGAAGAUGUUGGCUUUAAGUAUUGAGCCUGUGCCAAGAAUACCUCUACAAGUGUCCUUCUCCUCACAUAUCUGAAUGUACUCUGCAUAUAGUCUCUUUUUUUAUGUCUUCCAGUUUCUGCGUGACUCAGCCGUCCUGGACCAGACGUUCGUGGGUAGACCCACUAUAUCAGAGCAACAUGGCAAUCAUCAGAGCUUGUUUAGUUGAGUCGGUCAGAGUCCGUAUGAAGCUAGACGGCUGGAGAAGCAAGCUAAUCAAGAGCUGCCUCAGCAUGAACAUGGUUAAUGUUUAUUUGCGCAAUUUAAAAUACACAAACAUAACAUAAGUAACCUGUAAUAUAGCCUCCUCCUAAAUAAUGACACUCAAGUGCACAGUCCACUUACUACUAGACAGAUGCAGAAGACUCACACCAUCUUUGUUCUUCACGAAGCAGCAUGAUACUACCAUCUAACCCCCCCCCCCCGAUGUGCACUAGAUGUGGCUGAGUCGCAUUUAGCUUCCAAUGUGUGCUGCGUCUCAGAAGCGCAAUAUUCCCUUGGGAACAUAUUUAUUGGCAAUUCACUCAACUAAUGUUUAUUAUAUGAUGCAUGUCACUCGCUACUGGCUUUGUCUUAACAUACACCGCCGCUCAAAAGUGUGGAAUCAGCUGUUCAAUAAUAAAUAGUAUAACAGAGAAGUACAGUAUAAUUCAGACACUAAAUGUAUCAUUUACAUUUGAAGUAGUUUUGGCCCCAAAAGAUGAAGAAUGAAAGGAUUUAAAGUUCCAUUUAGUCCACGUCCCCACUGUUUUGCAAGACAGAGGGGUAUGCUUUUGGAACCUUGAUUUUUUAUUAUUUUUCCAGGACAGAAAACUAUGACCAUUGAUCAUUAUUGAAACACAAAGGUGAUAUGGGCUCUUAAUAUUGACAUUGUCUGUUUUUUGGGGGGUCUUGUUCAGUCCUCUCAGCCAUCUGACUGUACCUCAUCAAGCUUCUGUGGAAGGAGAUUCCAAACUUUUGAACGGUUGUGUGCAAACAGUAAAACUAGUUUUUCUUGUUUGUUUCUGUCACCAAUCAUAAAUGAGUUUAACAUUUACUUUUAUCUUUUGUAAAACACAAACAAUAUUGAAAUGUGUUUGUUGAAGAACAACCAUCAGACGGGUCUUAAAAGUAAAUUUUUGAAUGAA